AUGUCAGCUGUACAAAAUGAUAUCGUAAAACAACGUAUACCUCUUCCCAGUGCGACAGAUAAGAAUAAAUUGGCAUUUGUAUUACUGAAUGUGUUUACGAAAGCAGAAUGUCAGCAAUUAAUUCAUAUGUCUGAAGGCCGAGGAUAUAAACCGGCAUUAGUGAACAUUGGAGGUGGUCAAGAAAUGCUUAUGUCUAACUUUCGUAAUAAUGACCGUUGUGUUAUUGACGAUGUUAAUUUAGCCAAUGAAAUAUAUCGAAGAAUUAAAUCUUAUAUUCCAAAAGAAUGGAAAAUACAAUAUGAAGUUGUUGGACUAAAUGAGCGACUAAGAUUUCUAAGAUAUGAUCCAGGUCAAAAAUUUGAAGCACAUAUGGAUGGUGAAUUUCGUAGAACAGAUGGAACAGAAGAACAAAGUUUUAUUACUAUUCAACUUUAUUUGAAUGAAGACUUCUCCGGCGGCGAAACCACAUUUUUAGAUCCAUAUACUGCCAACAGAUCUUUUCCGUGUGUACCACAAACUGGAAUGGUUUUAGUUUUUGAACACCAAUUAUUGCACGAGGGUAGUGCUCUUAAAUCAGGAAGAAAGUAUGCAAUACGAACGGAUGUUAUGUAUAAACGGAAGAAAUUUGAUUGA